CUCAUUGUUUCAAGCAUUCAGGAGAAACAGAGUUUUGUUUAGUCUUAGAAUCUUUCUUUAAUUACAUGAUUCAAUCAAAGCCCGCUGAGACUAGAUAGUACAAGGACAGUGUGGCUGAGUCCCAGAAAACAAUUGCACUUACGUUUAAUGCUCUGUAUAUUUAUUUAUUUACUUAUUUUUUCUUUCUUGGGAAAUGUAUAUGGCCUGAGAUGAUUCCAAAGUUCAGUGAUUCUAGACUCUUGGGGAAAAAAAUAGCUGAUCCCACAAAGAUGUAGGCACGUGCGGAAGUCCUAUGCAGGCUCGACUUCAUGUGAUUUCUAUUAGUUUAGGGCUCAAUCCUGUAAAGGUUUAUGUGGGUAAGGGACUGCUCCUACGACUCCCAUGGUUCACACGUCUGCCCCUUUACAGGAUUAGGCCCUCGGUUAACAAGAAUGACAGGAACGUACAGAACUUCCCCAGAAUGCACUACAAUUGAUAUAGUCAAGGCUUUGAAUAAUGUUAGAAAGUACGGCCACUUUUAUUUUAUUUUGGAGGGACUACUUUUUUUACAGAAGGUGGAAGAACACCCACCCAGGAAGCAGUCCUUAGGUGAGUCACUGCACUGUAUAAAUAGUUCUGGCGAGAGUGUUGUCCAAGGCUCCACGCUUGGCACAGCCACGAAGCAGAAAGUUCUUGAGGGAAAGUUGACAAUAGUUGCUAAAAGUUUUGAAAACCCACAAGUUCUUUAACAUCAAUCCCAGCCUGCCUUCGGGAGGAGCCCAAAGUUGUUGUCCAGCAAAACUGGGGACAAUGUGGUAUAAUGGCUUGUGUACAGGAUCAGGAGGUCUGGAGACCUGGCUUCUGUCCCCAGCUUUGCCACUGACAUUUGCUUGUCCUUAGACAAGUUACUUCAUCUCUCUGUGCCUCAAUUUCCUUACAGGGGUAAUACCCACUUGAGAACCUUUUGAUAAAAUUUUCAGUGCCAGUACAUAGCAGGGUCCUUAUGAAAUGCCAGCCUAAAAAACUAAGUAGUGUGCUGGCUGUGAAUUCAGAGGCCUUCCUUUCCCUUCUGUUUUAACACUGACCACAGCAUUAUUGUGUGUGACCAAUAAGUGUGAGCAGCUGGUGCUUCAUAUGCCUGUUUGAUUCCAGCCAAACCAACAUCUGGCUUCGAAAAGGCAGAGCUGGAGCGCAAGGAGGAAGACUAACCUUUGGUUCAAGCCCUGAGUCCGCUGUGAAGGAAGAUGAUGGUUGUGGACAGCUCUGUGUGUCUGUGUGUGUGUGUCUCUCUCUCUCUGUGGUUAACCCCUAGCAAAUCCAAAACCAAUGACUCGUUUGCAUGCUUUGUACAUGUGGCAUUGCUGAUUCACCCACCGGACAUUACACAUGCUCAUUGCUUUACUAGAUGGGGUAACUCAGGACAGAGAAGAGAGAUUCCUGUUAAACACUUGUUUUGUCUCCUCUGGUCUCCUUUCCUGCUCACAGACUGAGCCAGCUUUUGACAUGGAUUUCACCAGACGUGAUCUUAAUUCAUUGCUAAACUGGCUGAGUCAGUGGUUCUCCAACCUUCCAUAACGUGAACACCCUGUUCCAUACCAUUCUCCUCCCUCCCUGGCUAGCCAGGACCUAGCCCAUCUAGCAAUAUGAGAAUGGCAAGAUGUUCACAACGUCUGGGUUAAUAAUAAAAAUUCACACUUUUCAUUGGAAGAUUUCACAGAGGAGGAGGAGAAGUAUCGUACAGAUGGGGAAACUGAGGCUCAAUGUCAUCCCGUAGGCCAGCAGCUAAGCCAAGGAUAGAACUCAGGUUUCAGUCCAGUGCUCUAUCCAUUAGGCAAUACUGCCUCUAAUUUUAAGGGAUUAGAUUGUAUUCCUUUGCCUUCCCUCUCCCUGCCCAAAAAGACCCACACUGGGUUCUGUUAAUCACACUACAGAGGAUUUCUGAAAGGGGGCUGGACAGGGGCAGGGGACGGACAGACGUCUCCUUGCUAAUGCUUGGAGGGGAAAUUGAAUGUGUUACUGUUUACAAAAAGGACUGUAUGGCACCAAAUGUCCAAGUUAACUGCACAGGUACAACCUGCCAUCACCAUUUUCUACAGCAUUUUCAGGUGCUGCCAUCCCUUUCCCCUGCCCCAUAUUGUGUCUGUUUUGUUCCCACAUGAUGCUAACCCUGCACCUUGACACAUCCUGCUAGGAAUAUGUACUAUUAGUCUAGCUUCUCUGAUGAAGCUGUGGGGUGAGGGAGUGUGGGCUAUUGGUUACAGAGGAGAACUGAGAGCCAGGACUUCUCCAGGAGAUUUGUUCUUGGGUGUGCCACUGCCUGCCUAUAUGGCCCUGGUCAAGUCACUUAGGCUGGGAUUUUGAAAGAUGCUUGCCUCUCUUAGGCAUCCAAUCUCCCUGAAACUCAAUGGAAUUUGGACACUUGACCCCUUUCGGCACUUUGGAAACUUCAAUGACUCACUUGCCCCCUGUAAAAAUGGUAGGGGGAGGGGUGACACUGCAGUGAGUAUCAAGGUUUAAUAACCCAGAGCACGGUUUUACCAUGAUGGACAUGAGGUUGAUAUGUGUAUUGUUACAUAUUUUUUGAUGGUGCAGCCUUCAUCAGAAGUAGCUAGAAUUUUCCCCAUUAUGGCCACAAAUUCCAAAAGUUCUUCCACUGGAAACAACACAUUUAAGGGAAAGAUAAAGUUGGAAGUCCAAGAGGAAAAUUUGAUCUCCUGAGUAGCAACCACCUUUCCAAGAAUUCCUCUGUGGGCAAGCAGACAAUCAUGAUGUGUGAUCUCCUUGGGUCACACUGUUGCAGACCUCAGAACUAUUGACCUCGGAUGGGAUGAAGAAUAGAAUUUAACUGACUCAACUGUUUUUUCACUUAUUGCUGAGCCAGGAUUUUUCUGCUGUGUAACAACACUUAACUCAAAGGAGGCAAUUGUGUGCAUGGUGCUUUGAGAUCCUCUGGUGAAAGGCACCAAAGUGUGACUUAAAAAAAAACCCUGCUUCUUUAAUUUUUUUCUUGACUUUAAAUGUCCUUGUGUAAUCUGACAUGCUUAGCUUAAAGAAUCUGAGGGUCUGAUCUUACCCAUGUGAAUAAACAAAGAAAUAUUGGGCCCCUGCAGAGCUUUUCAAAAUGCAAGUUUGCUUCCCAUAUCUGUGUGGAUUGACCCAUUUUCCCUUAGGUGUAGCUUAACUAGUAAUGCUUUUCUAUGGAGACAUAUUAACAUCCCUCCUUUCAUUGUUGCUUUCACGCUGAUAUUUUAAUGCCCGCAUACGGCUUAGACUGAAAUUAUUUCCCCACCAUUAAAUUCUUGGCCCUGGCUCUCCAGAGUCUCACCCUGACUAGAAUUUUGUGAGUGGAAAGCUGCUAUAAAAGAGUAUUGCCUGUAGCUGCUGGACAUGCAUAGAUGCUAUUUUAAAGGGACACUGUCAACUUAAUCAGAUGUAAACAAACAUUUCCUCACUUCUUCUACCCACUAGUAGUAUUAAAUCAUUAUUAGGAACUAAAGAAUUUUUAAAAAUCCAGAUUACUUUUUUCAUGUUUGUGCUGUUUACUUUUCGCAUUUCUCUUUACUUGGACAAUGAAAAUCAAUGAGGUCAGUUUCACUUUUGUUUAUAGUCCGUUUCAUUUUCAAAUUCUUAGUGCAGCAAUAUUUGGGUUUCAAACGGUGCAGGAAUGUUUGCCAUGUUUUCAAUGGAUAUCUUUUUAAAAGUGAAAAGACGACUUUGGUUUCUAGAUUCCGUGAAAGCUCAUUUUAACAAAAUUUCAAUGUAGUUGUCCAUGUCCCUUUAAACUUAAAAAAAAUACCAUCCCUUGAUGUGUUCAAAUAACUUGUGUUGUUUAUUCUAGUAGCAGCAAUUAGUUCAACACAAGGAUUCAGGGCAAAAACUCGUUCUAGUACAAUUUCUGGCCAAAAUAGUCUCUGAAACUGGAUUUAGAACAAAACAAACUUAAAAGAAAUGAUCUUGAGGCAAAAAAAAAAAAAAUUGUAUCAGGAUGCUGACAAAAUUUGAUUGAAGUCUCACUCCCCAUUAAAUCAGAAUACCUGAGCUACAAAUUUCCCACUUCCCCCAGAAUAGUCCCUUGGCUAAACAGCUGUCUGAUUUCGCAGAAGCACUGAGCACCCAUUUAUGCGUUUGACUCCAAUAGGAGCUGCAGGUGCUCAGCACAGCGGAAAAUCACCAGCAGGUUUGACUGUUUAUAGAGCUGGGUUUUUACAGUUACUGGCCACAAGGGGUCAGCAGAACCCAAGAAGAUGAUGUGACCAGCACAAAGGGAGCCUUAGACUGUAGCAGCAGCAGUGUUUGGCGAGUGAUGUCCUUAAAAUGAACGGGUGCUUCGAAGGUGUUGGGCUGCGAUGCCUUUUUAAGGGUGUCAGCAUGGCUGCCCCCAAGCCUCCAAAAUACCUCCUAGCCUUUGACUUUGAUGAGACGAUCAUCAACGAGAACAGUGAUGACUCGGUCAUCAGGGCCGCUCCGGGCCAGGCACUUCCAGAGCACAUCCGCCAGACCUUCCGGGAUGGCUUCUAUAACGAGUACAUGCAGCGCAUCUUCGAGUACCUGGGAGACCAAGGGGUCAAGAUGCUUAACUACAAAACCAUCUAUGAGAACAUCCCACUGUCUCCUGGAAUGCCAGAGCUCUUCCAGUUCCUCUCCAAGAACCAAGACCAGUUUGAGAUCAUCCUCCUCUCUGACGCCAACAUGUUUGGCAUCGAGUGCACUUUGAGAGCCGCCGGUGUCUACUCCCUCUUCCGCAAAAUCUUUAGCAACCCCUCUGGGUUUGAUAAGAGGGGCUACCUCACCUUGGGGCCCUAUCACACUCACAAGUGCCCUGAGUGCCCCGCAAACAUGUGUAAACGCAAAAUCCUCACUGAGUACCUGACAGAGCGGGCCCAGGAGGGGGCAGAAUUUGAGAGCAUUUUCUACAUCGGGGAUGGGGCUAAUGACUUCUGCCCUUCCGUGGCUUUGACUUCGACAGAUAUUGCUUUCCCGCGGAGGGGCUACCCCAUGCACCAGAUGACCCAGGAGAUGGAGAAAAAGCAACCCAGAGCCUUCCAGGCCACCGUAGUGCCCUGGGACUCAGCUGUAGAAGUUUGCUGCUAUCUGCAGGAGCUUCUCAAGAAGAAAUGCUGAAGACUGAUGGGUAGGAAGAGACUCCUGCUGCCCUUGAGGCAGCUUGGGGGCACGGCAGGAAAGUGAGAAGUUCAGGUGCAUCUCCAUACCCAGUGGCUGAUCUGACUCCAUUUCUAGCUUUGCAGAGUUGGACUCUUUGAACUUCUGGAUUUCUUCCCCCGCCCCCUACUUUUUUUCUUUUAAAAAGCACAUUCUCUGGGUCCCCUUUUCUCCCCCCUCCUCCCGAUCUUGAGACAAGGUCUUUUCUAUGCAGUUUGCACACCUGUUCAGGAGAGUGGGUGUUAGUCACAUAUGUUUAUUUUUACCUUCACCUUGAAUCAAGUGAUUCUUUUAUUUUUUUAAAGAAACAAAAACAAACUAGCUCUCAUGGGGCUAUGGAGUGUCCAUACUCCCGUUAGCCCCAAGGCAGGUCUCCGAAUCUGUGACUUGAUCACAGCAGCUGGGGUCCACCUACGUCAUCACCCCCUGCAUGACCCCUCUUCCUCCAUACCCCAUCAGGUGACUUGAAAUUGGCCUCCUGAGAAUUCCUAACAGGGCUCGCCUCUGUCCAGGAGACGGGUGGAAGCCUAAUCAGGGGCAGCUUCCAUUCAUAGAGCCACCCUUCCCAUAAACCCUCGUCCCAUAAACCCUUGCUACAUCAAGAAAACAUGGGUGUGGCACCACAUUCAGGUGUGGGGUUAGGAGGACACUGUUGAUUUAGGUUUCCGUUACAAGUGAUUCACUGAAGCACAUUUCUAAGCAAGCAAGAGUGAGAUUUUCCACAGGUACCAAUGGGACUUAGGCACAUCACUGUCCUUUGAAAAUCUCCCCUCCCCCAAGGCUCCAGUUCCCCAGCCCUGUCCCCUCUGAGCAGAUCACAGUGGGAAAGGGCCGUGGAAUAAUGAGAUGGAGGAGGCAGUGUGUGACAUGUAACUAGAAAGCCCUGUCCCCCACCAAAAUUUAACUAGUUUGCAUUUAAAACACUCCACUGAAUCUGAAUUUCUGAGGCUUGUUUGCAUAAGCACACUCAGGAAAGUAAAGUGGAACAAUUAAACUGCAUUAAAUCCCUGCGUGGACACUCUCAUUCUGAACUGAAGUGGCCUUAAUUUGGUGUAUUUUAAUUCAAAAGUGAAUUAAAUUGAAAUGAAGUAAGGCCACCUUAAUUCUGAAUCAGAGUGUCCACACGGGUUUUAUGCAGUCAGGGCCAGCUCCAGUGUUUUUGCUGCCCCAAGUGGUGAGGGGAAAAAAAAAAAAAGCCGCAAUCAGCGGCACUUUGGCGGCAGCUCUACUGCUGCUGCUUCGUUCUUAUUCUUCGGCGGCAGGUCCUUCCCUCCAAGAGGGACUGAGGGACCUACUGCCCCUUUCCACUGGCCGCCCCAAGCACCUGCUUGCUGCGCUGGUGCCUGGAGCCAGCCCUGUAUGCAGUUUAACUAAUCUACUUUUAACUUGCACUGUUAGCUAAUUUGGAUCACCAUUCCUGGGGGUCCUGAUGUCACGGCCAAGUCCUUACACAUUGCCUCUAUUCUGCUUUCAUUUCAAUGAUCAUUUUUGAUCAUUGACCAGGGCAGAAAUUUCUCCACAGUACCUUUAAACACACAUCUUUCUCUCUUGUUAUUUUAAGCAUGAAAGUGAGCACCUCCCCUCAAAUGCUUUUGGACACAGCUGAUUUCCAAAGCAGAAGCUCCUACUCCUCAGCUGAGUGAUGAGUUACUCAUCAGCUGUGCUCACUAACCCGUGUCCAUAUUUGAUCCCAAAGCCUGUUUACUGAACUGGUUUAAAACCCAGCCUAACAACGACUGCCCUGUCUGAACUGCGCUGCUGCAGCUGUGCUUUGAAGCAGCCCCCACAGGCAAGUGUGAGAGGCCUGGUGGACAGCGCCCAGGAGAGCUAUUCCCCCGAGCUACGGGCUGCUUCUGGUGCACUUGGAGUAGCAAGUAGCAGAAUAAGCCGAGCUUUCCUUGUGCCAUAGACAAAUCACCAGUCAGAUCACAGCAUGGUGGUUAUAUUAGGGUGGAGCCACUUCCUUGGCCUGAUCCUGCGAGGUGCUGAAACUCCCACUGUUUGCAAGGGGAGCUGUGGUGCUUAGCACCCCCUGGGGGCCAGACUGCUAGAGAAUCAAAGCCUCUUUCCACUCUCCUCAUCGGUAUUCUCUCCCUGGGCAACCACCCUAUUAACUACCCCCUGUGAUUGCACUUGGCAGCCGCAGCAUUAACUGCCCACGAGGGUGGCUUCGACUGGGACAAACUGCAGCCUGUCUACUCCAAAGCAUAUAGCCCUGACCCAAACUCUGCCCCGUAUAGAACUAACCAAAGCCGCAGCAGCUUGCUCUCCUCUUCGCAGUUUGUUUGUUUGUUCUUCCUCCUAACAAUCGUGUGGAACUUAAAGCCAUGGAAUUAAAAAAAAAAAAAAUCGAACGUUAUCUAGUAAAUAUCAACAGCAGGUAUGAAACAUUUGUCUGAAAUUUGCUGCACAUGUAUUUUGAUGUGGACAUUUAAAUGAACACCCCACCUGCCUCUAACGAUCAUAAAUAUAUUAAUAUAUAUCUCUAUAUGCA